AUGGAGGACUUUUAUAUCCCUUCCAACUUCAGCUCUGUGAUUGAAGCAGUAAAAGACGUUGCUGGCUUCAAUGAGGACACAAACAUCUAUAAAACCCCCUCGCUAGCUCUGAAGCUCGGUCACAGUCUGAAGAAGAUUGCAGAUAUUCUGGAGUGUGAGGCACAGAUGGCUGGGUCUGACCAGGAAGAAUUCCUGAAAAAUGUGCAGAAGAGCCGCAAUUUGUUUGAUAAAAGGAGAGAAGGCGAAGUGUCCAAGAUGCCACUGAGUGCUUAUACCCUCAGAGACACAUCAGGAGUACACUCUGAUCUGGCAGGAGGACUUUUCCCCUUGGAACAAAAGCUUUGUCAGCAUUUCCAACGUAUUGAAAUACGGGGGAAGAGGAACAGGAAAGUUCCCAUCCUUCUAACACCAGAUAUGCUCAGGUCAAUGGAAGCCUUGGUUGCACAUCGAAGGGCUUGUGCUGUUCCUGAUGAAAAUCCCUUUUUUUUCUCAAGACCUGAAGCAGAGACUCAUCUGAGAGGAUCAGAUGCUAUCCGACAGAUUGCAAAGGAAUGCGGAGCGAAACAUCCUGAAACUCUUUCCUCAACUAAGCUGAGGAAGCAGAUCUCCACGCUGUCGACAGUCCUGAACCUGAAGGACCAUGAGAUGGACGUACUGGCAAACUUUCUUGGCCAUGACAUUCGGGUCCAUAGACAAUAUUAUCGACUACCUGAAGGAACCCUUGAGCUGGCCAAAGUCAGUAAAGUGCUGUGUGCCCUAGAACAAGGACGGCUGUCUGAAUUCAAGGGAAUGAGCCUGGACCAAAUACAAAUCAGUCCUGACGAGCAAGUGCUAGAGGCUGUGGACAGUGAAGUCUCAGACAUGGAGACAGACAAGGACUCGUGUUUCAGCAGUCCAUGUUCAGAAUCCUCGGGAGGAAAAAGAAAGAUGCCCAUCUCGGAGUCUUUGGAAGACACCAUGCCCUUAGCAUUCUCUACACCAAGAAGGCCACAGGACUUUGAGUCAGACUCCGAUGAUGCUGAAGCAGGACCCUCUGAACCAAAAAGGCAAACUGUGACAUCUGUAACUGAUGAGCCUGAAGAAGGAAACCAAAAACAUGACUCGGCACAGCAAGUUAAAUCUUCUGCUACAGAAAGUUCAAAGAAAAGGAGUUGGACACCUUCAGAGGUGCAUGCAGUGGAAAAGACUUUAAAGGGUUCCAUAAACUCAGGAAACGUUCCAGGUAAAGAGGAGUGUGAGGCUUGCAUUGCGGCCUCACCACAAGAGCUAAAAAGGAGGACCUGGAAGGCGGUUAAGUAUUACAUAAAGAAUAGGAUCACAGCAGUGCAGCGAAGAAGUGAAAGAAGGUACUGA